AUGGAUAUCUGUCUAUAUCUAGCUUGCGGAUUUUCAGAAUUAACCUUAAAUCCUCCGGAAGGAAUAAUCGCAGGCCCAGUGAGCGAAGAAAAUUUUUUCGAAUGGGAAUGUUUAAUAACAGGUCCGGAAAAGACAUGCUUCGAAAAUGGUGUUUUCCCGGCCAAACUAAUGUUUCCAUCCGAUUAUCCUUUGAGCCCUCCGAAAAUGGUAUUUACAGGCGAGAUGUUUCACCCGAAUGUCUAUCCGGAUGGCAGAGUUUGCAUCAGCAUUCUUCAUGCGGCUGGCGAUGAUCCUAUGGGCUACGAAACAAGCGCUGAACGUUGGUCUCCAGUUCAGAGCGUCGAGAAGAUUCUCCUUUCCGUUGUCAGCAUGCUAGCAGAACCGAAUGACGAAAGUGCAGCCAAUGUGAACGCUGCGAAGAUGUGGCGCGAUGACCGCAAGCAGUUCGAAGACAUCGCCAAUCGCAUUGUACGAAAGAGUCUUGGUCUAUCAGCAACAUGA